AUGGUCUUUGGAUACCUGACUGGCCAGCAAUGCUUCGAUCAGGAUUGUCCUGUCGGUCUCUGCAACUGCUACUCUGGCUGUACUUGCGCUGGGGGCGAGGGACCAGGCGGACCACCUAGCAGAUUCAAGAGGGUGAGUAAAGACUGAGUGCGACUGCGAUGCAACCAACGAUGCCAAAGUUGGCGCAGACCCAAAUGAACGAGGGCUUCGUUUGCUUUUAUUCUCACACACCCACAGAGCAUAUCAGACUCCGACUCACUGGCUGCACCUUUGCUUCAACCUCGAGAUGACUCGUCCUCCAUCCACGGCUUGGAUAGUCCUGCGCUAAGCACCAGAGAUCAGACCCUGGGAGCUUAUGGCAGUAUCGGUGGCAGGGGAGAACGAUACCGCCCUCCGGUAUGCCAUGGAGCUCAUGGCUGUCCGCCUUGA